AAUCAAUAAAAUAAGCAAAAUAAAAUUUUAUUAUUUAAAAAUAAAAAAACUAUUUCGCAAAACUAAGUUUUAUUUUUAGCUUGGUUCUAUAAUCAUUUUAUAUUUACAGCAAAUUUAAUAAAUAAUAAAUAAUGGGAAAUUAAUGUUGUAAAAUGAAUUAUAAUAUAAAUGAAACAGAAGACAAAGAAUAAAUAAAUUUAACUUAUAAUAAUAUCGAAUAAUAAAAAACUAUUGAAAAAACUUAUGAUUAAAAGAAAGGAACUCUUUGUUAAUAGGAUUCUAGUUAUUUUUAAUCUAUAAAAUCACACAAUUCAAAAUUAGCAUAUUCAGAUAAUAGAAUAACUCAAUUAGAUUUUGAAUUCUAAAUUUCAUUAGAAAAAAAAUAUAAUAAUUUAUAAGAAGAUAGAAAGAAAAGCGUAUAAAAUAUACCUAUCUAAUAAUAAUAGUAAAGUAAUAGAAUAAGUAUCCUUUAAAUACCUGGCACCCAUUAAAAAAUAAUAGAAGAUGACUAAAACUAAUAAAAAAAUUAAUAAUAAAUUGAAUCAAAAGAAGAUUAAAAAAAAACAAUUGAUAAUUCUUCUACAAAUGAAGAUAAGAAUUAAUAAUAAUAAUAAAGUCCUAUUGAAUAAAAAAAAAAAAAUCAUAAAAAAUAUAAGAGGAAGAAGAUAUAAAAAAAUAAGAAUCUUAAAGUACUUCGAAAAAAUAAUCAUCAAAACAAAGUUAAUCUUCUUUAUAAAAUUCACAAUAAAGCCAACCAAAUUAAUAAAAAAAAAGUGAAUUUACAGUUUCUCCUGAUAUAUUUAUUCAUUUAAGGGUCGGUUCUAUUUCUUAAUAUUAUAAAAUUGGAGAAGUAUUAGGAGAAGGAGCAUUUGGCUAAGUAAGUAAAGUAAUCCAUAAAGCAACCGGAAUGGUUCGAGCAAUGAAGAAUUUAAAGAAAUCUUCUUUAAUAAAAGAAGAAGAAGAAAAGUUAUUUUCCGAAAUGAAUGUUUUAAAAAACCUAGAUCAUCCGAACAUAUUGAAAUUAAUCGAAUUAUUUCAAGAUAGUAAAA